GGGAAAUGAAGUCCGGUGGGGGCAGGGAGGCCUAUGCGCAUGACCGGAAGUGGCGCUAUUCAAGCGCGCCCCCUUUGGCGCGAGAGCCAGGCCCGCGACCGCAGUUUUCUGAGCUCACUGAAGCCGGGGGCACUCUCUCGCGCGUAUCCAGCGGCAGCUUUUUCAUGCUGUGAUGUGCUUGAGAUCCAGUCGACAGUGAGAGACCCGGCUGGAAAGGUCCGACCUUGCUCAGCAUCACAGGCUCAGACCUGGCCUGUGAGGGGAGAAGCCUGAGAGAAGAGCCCAGAGCGGGGUUGGGGCUGCAGUGAAGCGACGCUGACGCUCAGAGAACUGCUGGGAGGCGGUGGCGCGAGGUGGGACCCAGAUGCUGGAGGAAGGAGAGCCACCUUCUCCAGACCCUAUGCUUCCCCAGGAGGAAGGCACGGAAGAGGAAGGAAUGGCAGCUGGUCUCCUCACAGCUGGGCCCCAAGGAUCCACCCCUUUCAGCAGUGUGACUGUAGCUUUUACCCAGGAGGGAUGGAGGCAGUUGGUCCCUGCUCCGAGGGACAGGUUCAAGGAAGGGAUACCAGAAAAGUCCAGAAACUUGGUCCUACUGGGACUUCCAGUCUCGGAACCUGGCGUGAACGCCCAGUUGGAACAAAGGGAAAGCUCCUGGAUGCUGGAGAGAGAAGGCCUAAGGGCUGCCUGCCCAGACUGGAAGAUUGUAUCUGAAUCACCACCUGAGCAAGACAUUUCUGAAGACUCAUUCCAAGACCCAAGUGUAGACUCUGGGGAGUCAGAUCACAGGAGCAGUGAACUGGGGAAGGGCUUCAGUCUGCGACCAGUGCUUUCGCCACAGCAGAGAGUUCCUACAGAAGUGAGACCCCGUAAAUGUGAAACACACACAGAGAGCUUCAGGAAGAAUUCAGAUAUAAUUACAUCUCACAGAGCAAAGCCGUACACGUGUAAUGAAUGUGGCAAAGCCUUCAGUUACUGUUCUUCCCUUUCUCAGCAUCAGAAAAGCCACACUGGGGAGAAGCCAUACGAGUGCAAUGAAUGCGGGAAGGCCUUCAGCCAGAGCUCAUCUCUUAUUCAGCAUCAGAGGAUUCACACAGGAGAGAAACCUUAUAAAUGCAGCGAAUGUGGAAGAGCCUUCAGCCAGAAUGCAAACCUCACAAAACACCAGCGAACUCACACCGGAGAAAAGCCCUACAAAUGUAGUGAGUGUGAGAAAGCCUUCAGUGACUGUUCAGCCCUUGUUCAGCAUCAGAGAAUUCACACUGGAGAGAAGCCUUAUGAAUGCAGUGACUGUGGGAAGGCCUUCCGUCACAGUGCAAACCUUACAAACCACCAGAGGACUCACACAGGGGAGAAACCCUACAAGUGCAGCGAGUGCGGGAAGGCUUUCAGCUACUGUGCAGCAUUUAUUCAGCACCAGAGAAUCCAUACAGGGGAGAAACCCUACAAAUGCAGCGCAUGUGGGAAGGCCUUCAGCCAGAGCGCAAACCUCACAAACCAUCAGAGGACUCACACUGGAGAGAAACCCUACAAGUGCAGCGAGUGUGGGAAGGCCUUUAGCCAAAGUACAAACCUUAUAAUCCACCAAAAGACCCACACUGGGGAGAAGCCUUAUAAAUGUAAUGAAUGUGGGAAAUUCUUCAGUGAGAGUUCAGCCCUUAUUCGACAUCAUAUAAUUCACACAGGAGAAAAACCCUAUGAGUGCAAUGAGUGUGGAAAGGCAUUUAACCAGAGCUCAUCCCUUAGUCAGCAUCAGAGAAUUCACACUGGUGUGAAACCUUAUGAAUGUAGUGAGUGUGGGAAGGCCUUCAGGUGUAGCUCAGCUUUCAUUAGACAUCAGAGGCUCCAUGCUGGAGAGUAACUGGGAACAUAAUCGGGACCUGACAAGUAAUUUGAAAGAAUCUGGGGACAUCUGACUUUUAAGACUUAGCAUGGAGCCACAUGCAAAAAGCACCUUUAAUAAAGUCACUGUUUUACAUGUU